AUGUUGGUGCUGAUUAGACCCACCAGAACCCGGCUCAGACCUACCAGAACCCCGGCUCAGACCUACCAGAACCCCGGCUCAGACCUACCAGAACCCGGGCUCAGACCCACCAGAACCCGGGCUCAGACCCACCAGAACCCGGGCUCAGACCCACCAGAACCCGGCUCAGACCCACCAGAACCCGGGCUCAGAACCCGGGCUCAGACCCACCAGAACCCCUGCUCAGACCCACCAGAACCCCGGCUCAGACCCACCAGAACCCCGGCUCAGACCCACCAGAACCCCGGCACAGACCCACCAGAACCCGGGCUCAGACCCACCAGAGCCCGGGCUCAGAUCUACCAGAACCCGACACAGACCCACCAGAACCCCGGCUCAGAACCACCAGAACCCGGCUCAGACCCACCAGAGCCCGGGCUCAGAUCUAUCAGAACCCCGGCACAGACCCACCAGAACCCCGGCUCAGACCCACCAGAACCCGGGCUCAGACCCACCAGAGCCCGGGCUCAGAUCUACCAGAACCCGACACAGACCCACCAGAACCCCGGCUCAGAACCACCAGAACCCGGCUCAGACCCACCAGAGCCCGGGCUCAGAUCUAUCAGAACCCCGGCACAGACCCACCAGAACCCCGGCUCAGAACCACCAGAACCCGGCUCAGACCCACCAGAGCCCGGGCUCAGAUCUACCAGAACCCGACACAGACCCACCAGAACCCCGGCUCAGAACCACCAGAACCCGGCUCAGACCCACCAGAGCCCGGGCUCAGAUCUAUCAGAACCCCGGCACAGACCCACCAGAACCCCGGCACAGACCCACCAGAACCCGGGCUCAGACCCACCAGAGCCCGGGCUCAGAUCUACCAGAACCCGACACAGACCCACCAGAACCCCGGCUCAGAACCACCAGAACCCGGCUCAGACCCACCAGAGCCCGGGCUCAGAUCUAUCAGAACCCCGGCACAGACCCACCAGAACCCUGGGCUCAGACCCACCAGAACCCCGGCUCAGAACCACCAGAACCCGGCUCAGACCCACCAGAGCCCGGGCUCAGAUCUACCAGAACCCGACACAGACCCACCAGAACCCCGGCUCAGAACCACCAGAACCCGGCUCAGACCCACCAGAACCCGGGCUCAGACCCACCAGAACCCCGGCUCAGAACCACCAGAACCCGACACAGACCCACCAGAACCCCGGCUCAGAUCCACCAGAACCCCGGCACAGACCCACCAGAACCCGGGCUCAGACCCACCAGAGCCCGGGCUCAGAUCCACCAGAACCUGGGCUCAGACCCACCAGAACCCAGGCUCUGACCCACCAGAACCCGGGCUCAGAUCCACCAGAACCCAGGCUCAGAUCCACCAGAACCCAGGCUCUGACCCACCAGAACCCGGGCUCAGAUCCACCAGAACCCAGGCUCAGAUCCACCAGAACCCGGGCUCAGAUCCACCAGAACCCGGGCUCAGACCCACCAGAAUCCGAGCUCACAUAUACCAGAACCCAGGCUCUGACCUACCAGAACCCCGACACAGACCCACCAGAACCCGGGCUCAGACCCACCAGAACCCCGACUCAGACCCACCAGAACCCGGCUCAGACCUACCAGAACCAGGCUCAGCUCGCUGGUUGA